AUGGUUCCUAGCUGGUUCUUUGUGGCCAUACUGGCCCCUAUAGGCCAGGCACUUCAAUCGCCAGACAUGGUUGUCCGAGUGGGAGACUCUGUGACUCUGGACUGCUCCCAAAAGACAAAUGCAUUCUUGACCAUGUACUGGUAUAAAUUGCCCAUGGGGAAGGAUGCCACCCUGCAGUUGGUUGUAUACUCAAUGGAAGGUGGCACAGCAGAGAUUGAGAAGGAAUUCAGAAACCGCAUCCAGAGCAGCGGGACGAAGGGCAGCCGCUUAUCUAUGAAGAUAGAUCAUGCCCUACUCAAUGACUCUGGCACAUACUUCUGUGCUGAGCAAGACACACAACCUCACUUUGUCAUGGUGAACAAUCUCGUUUUCGGCAGUGGCACCAAACUUACAGUAAUAGGGAAGAAUGAUGAGAUCAUACCUCCAGCUCUGGCCAUAUUUUCCCCAUCAAAGCAAGAGAUCCAACAGAAGAAGAAGGCCACUCUGGUAUGCCUGGCCUCUGGGUUCUACCCUGAUUACAUGAAUUUGGUCUGGAAGGUGAAUGGUGCUGAAAGGACAGAAGGGGUUGGAACAGAUGAGUUUUCCACACAGAAUGGAAGUACCUACUCACUGACCAGCCGAUUGAGGAUCUCAGCCUAUGAGUGGUUCAACCCUUUGAAUAAUUUUGAGUGCAUUGCCACGUUUUUCAAGAAUGGAACCCUGGGAUCAGCACGCAAAUUCAUCUACGGUGAUGCUGGUUGUACACUCACGGAAGAGUCCUAUUUGCGGUAUGGAAAUUCUCUGAAGCUCACUUACCUCAUACUCUGUGGCAAAGCCUUGCUCUAUGCAAUUUUGCUUAGUGCUCUGCUGUGGACAGUCAAGGUUGGUGGCAAUUAUAAAGAGAAUAAAUGA